ACAUUUGUGGUUCCUAUCUGCAAUUUGAAAGUUUUCCCCAUUUGAGAGAAGCUGCUGAAGUUGAGUUCAUUCUACUCUGAUAGGACCUGUUUGGUCUAGUUUGGAAAAAUAACACGUUCUUGAAAAUUUUCUUUUGUUUUAUAGUCGUAAAUGUUUGGAAGGCUGGAUAUAAGAGAGUGUUAACGCUUCACUUGAGAUCCAAAGGGCAUUAUGUUUCAACCUACCCCACCAAUAAUGGAUUUGCGUUUUCGGCAACUGUGAAACAUAGCGUUCAUUAGCGAGGAUUCUUGUAGGACUAGAAAACAUGGUGUCCAGAUCGUAUUCGAAUCUUUUAGAGCUUGCCUCUGGCGAAUCUCCAUCAUUUGGGCGCAUGAGUAGGCGAAUUCCACGUAUUAUGAACGUCGCCGGCUUGAUAUCUGAUAUAGAUGACGACCCGUCAGAGAGUGUUUCCUCUGACCCUUCGUCGUCGUCUGCUCAGCGAGACCGUCUCAUAAUAGUGGCAAAUCAGCUCCCUAUCAGAGCUCAGAGGAAGACAGAUGGUAGUAAAGGUUGGCUCUUCAUUUGGGAUGAGAAUUCACUUCUCCUCCAAUUAAAAGAUGGCAUAGGGGAUGAUGAUAUGGAGGUUAUCUAUGUGGGCUGUCUGAAGGAAGAUAUUCAUCCAAAUGAGCAAGAUGAGGUUUCGCAAAUACUCCUCGAGUCCUUUAAAUGCGUGCCAACCUUUGUCCCACCGGAUCUUUUUAGCCGGUACUAUCAUGGGUUUUGCAAGCAGCAAUUAUGGCCUUUGUUUCAUUACAUGUUGCCCCUGUCGCCGGACCUUGGUGGUAGGUUUAACCGGUCCUUGUGGCAAGCAUAUGUUUCGGUUAAUAAAAUAUUUGCAGAUAGGAUUAUGGAGGUGAUAAAUCCUGAGGAUGAUUUUGUAUGGGUACACGAUUAUCACCUGAUGGUGUUACCAACUUUCUUGCGGAAAAGGUUCAAUAGAGUGAAACUUGGGUUUUUCCUUCAUAGUCCAUUCCCUUCAUCAGAGAUCUAUAAGACACUUCCUAUUAGGGAAGAGCUUCUCCGGGCCCUACUGAAUUCGGAUUUGAUUGGGUUCCAUACUUUUGAUUAUGCACGGCAUUUUCUAUCCUGUUGUAGUCGGAUGCUUGGUCUUACGUAUGAAUCGAAGCGUGGAUAUAUAGGCCUAGAGUAUUAUGGUCGCACAGUUAGCAUAAAAAUUCUUCCUGUUGGUAUACAUAUGGGUCAGCUGCAGUCAGUCUUGAGCCUGCCUGGGACAGAAGAGAAGGUUGCUGAGCUUCUCAGCCAGUAUUGUGAUCAGGGUAGGAUAAUGUUACUUGGGGUGGAUGACAUGGAUAUAUUUAAGGGUAUAAGUUUGAAGCUUUUGGCAAUGGAGCAGCUUCUUAUGCAGCACCCAGAGUGGCACGGGAAAGUAGUGUUGGUACAGAUAGCCAAUCCAGCUAGGGGCAGAGGAAAAGAUGUGAAAGAAAUUCAGGCUGAGACUUCCUCAACAGUGAAGCGAAUUAAUGAAACUUUUGGAAAACCAGGAUAUGACCCUGUUGUCUUGAUUGAUGAGCCACUUAAGUUUCACGAGAGAAUUGCAUACUAUGUUGUCGCCGAGUGUUGUUUGGUCACUGCUGUGAGGGAUGGGAUGAAUCUCAUACCAUAUGAGUACAUAAUUAGUCGCCAAGGGAAUGAGAAGUUAGAUAAGGUUUUGGGUUUGGAACCAUUCACCGCAAAGAAAAGCAUGCUAGUUGUCUCUGAGUUUAUUGGGUGCUCGCCGUCUUUAAGUGGAGCAAUCCGGGUAAACCCCUGGAAUAUUGAUGCUGUAGCAGAUGCAAUGGACUCUGCCCUUGAGAUGGCCGAGCCAGAAAAACAGCUUCGGCAUGAGAAACAUUACAGAUAUGUAAGUACCCAUGACGUUGGGUAUUGGGCUCGUAGUUUCCUUCAAGAUUUGGGGAGGACAUGUCGGGAGCAUGAGCGGUGCAGGUGCUGGGGUAUUGGAUUUGGAUUGAGUUUCAGAGUUGUGGCACUUGAUCCAAACUUCAGGAAGCUCUCUAUGGAGCACAUAGUAUCUGCUUACAAAAGGACUACAAUGAGAGCAAUCCUCCUAGACUAUGAUGGUACACUAAUGCCGCAGGCUUCCAUUGAUAAGAGCCCAAACUCGAAGUCAAUUGAUAUUCUAAAUGUUCUGUGUAGGGAUAAGAACAACAUGGUUUUCAUUGUCAGUGCUAGAAGCCGGAAGACUCUCAGUGAAUGGUUUUCUCCCUGUGAGAAGCUGGGAAUUGCAGCAGAGCAUGGUUAUUUCCUCAGGCUGAAGCGAGAUGCAGAAUGGGAAAGAUGUGUACCUGUUGCAGACUGUAGUUGGAAGCAGAUUGCAGAGCCAGUAAUGAAGCUUUACACUGAAACGACUGAUGGUUCCACCAUUGAAGAUAGGGAAACUGCACUUGUCUGGUGCUACGAGGAUGCGGAUCCAGACUUUGGGUCGUGCCAAGCUAAGGAACUUCUUGAUCAUCUAGAAAGUGUGCUUGCCAAUGAACCAGUUACAGUCAAGAGUGGACAGAAUAUUGUGGAGGUUAAGCCACAGGGUGUAAGCAAGGGACUUGUGGCCAAGCGUCUACUCUCCCUCAUGCAAGAGAAGAGAAUGUCACCUGAUUUUGUUCUGUGCAUAGGAGAUGACCGAUCGGAUGAAGACAUGUUUGAGGUAAUCAUCAGUUCCAUGGCAGGCCCAUCCAUUGCUCCCAGGGCAGAAGUGUUUGCAUGUACUGUUUGUCGAAAACCUAGCAAGGCUAAGUAUUAUCUUGACGAUACUGCAGAAAUUGUUAGGUUGAUGCAGGGUUUGGCUUCUGUUUCAGAGCAAACAGUUUCUGGGUAGGCUUAGCAAAGACUAUAUCCGUGCUUUGUCUGUUUGUUAUUGUAAAAAUGUGGGCUGAGUGGCAUAUUCCACAUUAUCAUCUUUUGGUUUGUUGCUUUUUUUUGUGUUGUAAUGAUCUUAGUGCUUUAAGAGUACCUUUGCCACCACUACCAGAGACUCUCUUCACUUCAAGCAGUGAAGCUGUAUAUAUAUGUUUUGCCAUGAAAUAUGAGCUUUCCGUUAUGCA